GAGCCCCCCGCCAUGGCGGAGCGGGAGGAGCGGCGCUUCGUGGAGCUGCCCCGGGACUCGGUGCGGCUCAUGGCGGAGAGCGCCGGUGUGGAGCUCAGCGAUGAGGUGGCGGCGCUGCUGGCCGAGGAUGUGUGCUACCGGCUGCGGGAGGCCGCGCAGAACAGCUCCCAGUUCCUGAAGCACACCCGGCGCCGCCGCCUCACCGUGGAGGAUUUCAACCGAGCCCUGCGCUGGAGCAACGUCGAGGCCGUGUGUGGCUGUGGCUCGCAGGACUCGCUCCCGUUCCGGCCGCUCCGGGACUCGGAUUUGUUUUUCCCCGAGGAUCGGGAGGUGAAUCUGCUGGAGCUGGCGCUGGCCACCAACAUCCCCAAGGGCUGCGCUGAGACUGCCGUGAGAGUGCAUGUGUCCUACCUGGAUGGCAAAGGGAACCUGGAGCCGCAGGGAGCAGUGCCCAGCGCCGUCUCCUCGCUCAGUGAUGACCUGCUCAAGUAUUACCAACACGUCACGCGCGCCGUGCUGGGCGACGACCCCCAGCUGAUGAAGGUGGCUCUGCAGGAUCUGCAGAGCAACCCCAAGAUCGCGGCGCUGCUGCCGUACUUUGUGUACGUGGUCAGCGGGGUGAAGUCGGUGAGCCACGACCUGGAGCAGCUGAGCCGGCUGCUGCAGCUGGCGCGGAGCCUCCUGCAGAACCCGUUCCUGUGCCUGGGCUCCUACGUGGGCAGCCUGGUGGGCUCGGUGCUGUACUGCGUGCUGGAGCCGCUGGCGGCCUCCAUCAACCCCCUCAACGACCACUGGACCCUGCGCGACUACGCCGCCCUGCUGCUGGGCCGCAUCUUCUGGAGCCACGGGGAGCUGGUCAGGGGGCUCUACCAGCAGAUCCUGCUCUCGCUCCAGAAGGUUCUGGCCGACCCCGUGCGCCCGCUCUGCUCCCACUACGGGGCCGUGGUGGGGCUGCACGCGCUGGGAUGGAAGGCAGUGGAGCGGGUGCUGUACCCCCACCUCCCCACGUACUGGCCCAACCUCCAGGCCGUGCUGGACGAUUACUCCGUGUCCAACGCCCAGGUCAAGGCUGACGGGCACAAAGUGUACGGAGCCAUCCUGGUCGCCGUGGAGCGGCUGCUCAAGGCCAAGGCCCAGCAGGCCCCGGGGUUUGGGGGUCCCGAGGGGUCCCCCCGGCACAGCCCCCCCGGUCAGGACCCCUCCCCCGAGCUGGGUUUGGGCCGCCCGGUGAUACCGGGAGGGGGCGGCGCUGCUUCCUCCUCCUCCUCCUCUUCCUCAUCCUCCUCCUCCUCAUCCUCGCCGCUGGCUCCGCCCUCGCCGUCGCUCCGGGACAUGUACCGCGAGCUCUACGACUUUUUCGGCGACAGCCUCGCCGCCCGCUUCGGUACCGGCGCCCCCAGCGACCCCCCGAGCCCCCCGGGGAGCACCGAGGGCGCCCGCAAGGAGCCCCCGGCCGAAGGCGCCGCCCGCAAGAUGCCGCAGCUGACCAACGCCACCGUGAGCCCGAGGGACGAGGAGCCGCCCCCGCCGCGCCCGGCGCUGCCCCGGGCCCCGGGACCCCCGCCCCGGCCCCGCGGGACCCCCCGCGCCCCCUCCGCCCACCGGCCCGGCGCUCGCGACGUCUUCCAGAAAUGCCGCUUCUCCCCCCGGGGCCCGCCCCGCUUCAGCUUCGUGAUCGCGGGGCGCCAGACCGGGCGCCGCUGCCCCGGCCGCCGCUUCCAGACGAGCUUCCCGGCGCCGCCCGGGGCCGCGCUCGGCUCCCGGUACGCGCAGCGGCUGCCGAUGAUCGGGAGGAGCGCCCGCGCCCCGCGCAGGUGGCCCCGGGCCGAGUACUCGCUGCUGCUGCUGCUCUGAGACGGGCGGGGGGCGCUGGGAAUGGGGCGGGGGGCGCUCAGUUAAAGGGGGCGGGGGGCGCUGAGUGGGCGUUAAGGACAGGGGAGUGGU